AUGUCAAGAGCAGAAUAUGAUAUAAAUGAAAGGAUUGCAAGAACUGAUAGACAUAAUGUUCUUAAUAGAGUUAUCGAUGCUGAAAGGCCUUAUGAUUUCAUUAGUAUGAUCUUUGAAGGAGAAAUGCCUAUUCACAGAAAUAAACCAUAUAAAGAUAGUACUGCAAUAUGUUUUCAUUGUAUGAAACUUAUGCAUGUCAAUGUUAAUUUAGGUUCGAAAGCAAGUCAAUUUGAUUUAAUAAAAGAUCAUUAUAACUAUGAAUGCUCAAGACCACAAACUGGUUAUAGAUGCUCAAGACCACGAACUGAGUUUAGAUGUGCAAGGGUUAUACAAAGACUUUGGAAAAAUUUUAGAGAAAGGAAACUAUCAAAUGCACAACUUGCUUGGAACAGUUUACCAAAUAAUGGUAACCUAGAUGAUGAAAAACUUCUAGGUUUAAUGAGACAUAAAGUAAAAAAUCCUCAGAUUCGAGAACAAUUUGAUCAAUGGUGUACUAAAUGGAUUACAAUGUAUAAACAAUGUAAUUUAAAUAUUCCUUUGGAUAUUUAUAUUAGAAAAUAUGAAGAAUAUUAUAUUCCAUAUAAUUAG